CAGCCCUUAUUUGGCUCCUCCAUGUACUUUUAUGAUGCUUGUGUUGCUCCCCAAGUGUUUUCUGUCACUGAAUAUUUAACUUGGAAGGGGAAGAGGAUGUUUGUUUGUUGAUGUUCACCCCUCCCUCCAUUUCAGGGCAGUUACACACCAUGGGUAGGAAGAAUACAUACACUAAAUACACUAAGGAACUUACAUCACUGCUCAGGUUGGGGCUGGCCUACCAAGCUUUGAACAAGCAUCUCCUUAUACCCAUAGGCGUUCCUGUGUAUAUACAGGGAUUAUAUGCCAUAUACGUUGCUACAUACCCUAAGCCAUCAGAGCUGUACCUACACGUAUACAGGUGAGAGCCUUUUCUCUAAUACAGGGGAUUAAAAUGCCUUAAGCGUCUUGAGUGUAUUGGUAAGGGUAGGGGUAAAGGGUAUCUGUCUGUUUGUUUAUAAUAUUUGCCCCCAUUGUAUUUCUACUUGAUAUAUUAUCCAAAUAUAUAAGUAUUGACCAUUUUCCUUACUAUAAAUGUAUAUAGGUGUCUAUCUAUGGUGUCUAUGUACAGUGUAUAUUGUAUUGGUCUAUAGUAGACUUGUCCAACUGGAGGCCCAUGGGCUGGAUGUCGCCCUCCAAAGGGUUUUUGUGACCCCAGUCUGCUCAGGGGCUCCAUAGAAUUCAUUGUAUGACAUUUUAAUAUAAUCCAGCCCUUGACAAAUGAUUGGCCCACUCUAUGUAUUAGGUUGGAGAGCGCUGGUCUAGAGGGUCCAUCCCCUCCCAAUAGAUAUAAAAAUACUAAAAAGGUGUGGGGGCACUGGUGAUUUCUCCUACAUUGAAAGCUGGCAUUGGAAGCAACGUAGCUAUGGCUGCUGAAGAGGCAAAAUAAUGUAGGACUAUUGAAUCCAGUGGUUUGUAGACCAUCCUUGAAGGGAGAUCUUGUCAGUCUGGGGGUACAGUUGGUUGAUAUUUAUAUGGAUAAAGGUGCAUUUGGGAUCUACAAACAUGGCGGCUACUUAUAAUCUUAAUAGGACCAAGGCACAUCAUUAAUGGAUAAGCCUUGGGGGAACUUGAAUGCAAUAAAAAGCUCAGCAGGAGCACUCAAUGCCAGUCAGCAGCGGGAAAGGAUAACACUUUAGGGGGCUUCUCCUGCUGGAAUCUGCUCAACAACACAGUGGAAUACGUGGAUCUAAUGACUUUUCCACCCUGCCUCUUUUUAUGCCUGAUCGCCACGGACUCCGGUUUGCCAGGUGUAUGCGGAAAAUGUGGGAGGGUUUACAGGCAUUCUUACUAAAUCUCAACCUUAUUGGUCUGUAGGUCCUGCCCUCACCAGCCAUAGGUCUAGGCCCCACUGGGGGUCUCCACUAUUCUAAUGUUAGAUAAUUGCAGUACUGACAUUAGUGCCAAUACAUUCAGGGAUAUAUUGAAUACUUGUAUAUAUAAUAAUAUAAUAUAAAUAAUGGCUUUGUUAGAAUGCCAACAUAGAAAUGCCACCGUUUUAUUGGUGCGUUACAAUCUAACACUGGCACAGCCACUCUUAUCUUCUUUCCAGAACCAUGAGGUUUCAUCUGCGAGUACCAAUGAUUGGGAUUGUACUACUAUUCCUUAUGGGUCUUAGUUUUAUGCUUCAACUCAUGGGAACCCACUUCCAGAAAAAGAACACGCCACUCCCAGACGCACGUGGCACCGGGACGGGGCAACAAGGGGUUCCACUCAGUCACCUUUUGCACAGGGCGCCACAUGACAAUUCUUUCAUUACUAAACCCUCUAAGCGCUUCAAAGUACCUCGUCCGGCCCCCUCACCCUCAACAAGAACUUGUCAGUCAAAAUCUCACAUAGUGUUCCUGAAGACCCACCGGACUGCUGGAAGCACUGUACUGAAUAUGUUACACCGUUAUGGGGACAGGAACUCGCUAACCUUCGCUCUACCCCACAACUAUGAGUUCAACUACCCCAACCCGUUCAAUGUUCACAGGGUAAAAGGAUAUGAUGGAGAUAACAAGCCAACGUAUGAUCUCCUGUGCCACCACAUGCGCUUCAAUCUCCCAGAGGUCAGGAAGCUGAUGCCCGCAGACUCCUUCUACUUCACAAUUCUACGGGAUCCAGCCACCUUGGCAGAGUCUUCUUUCUCUUAUUAUCGUUCGAUGUCGUCAGCCUUCAAGAAAGCCCCCAACUUUAAAGACUUUAUUGCCCACCUUUCCCAGUACUACAAACCAGGGGAGAGAGGAAACCAAUACGCACGGAACUUUCAGUGGUUCGACCUGGGAUUGAACGCCGACGCUUCAUUCACAGAAUCUAUGGCCAGAUCAGGAGUCAGGGAGAUAGAGAGGACUUUCCACCUGGUCCUACUCUCUGAGUACUUUGAUGAAUCAAUGGUCCUUCUGAAGGAAGAACUGUGCUGGGAUCUUGAUGAUGUGGUGACCUUUAAACUCAAUGCUCGUGAGGCUUCCACACCACUGAAUAAAAAAGAGGCAGAGAUGUUAAGGGCCUGGAAUACCCUAGACUUGUAUCUUUAUGUCUACUUCAACCGUACCUUCUGGGAGAAAGUAGAGAAAUUUGGUAGAAAGAGGAUGGACACUGAAGUUAGGAGGUUGAGAGAAAGAAGACAAGAGCUAGCUGAGAUAUGUCUGGAAGGGUCGAACCCUGUAAGAGCAGAUGAGAUUAGAGAAGAGGGCAUCAGGCCAUUGCAGUUUGGGCAGGAGAAGAUCAUGGGCUGGGUGGUGAAACUGGAUCUUGAGCCUGACACUAGGGCACAGUGUAUUCAAAUGGUAACUCCUGAGCUGCAAUACAUGGCCAUUUUGGAUGAGAAGCAGUUUCCGGGAGGUGUAUGAAAUGGGUCUAAGUCAGCAGUAAAGCUUCUAGGGUCCCACAAAAUGAGAAUUGCAGUUGAGGUGGGUUUUAGGAAUAAAGGUAAUUAUUGUUGGGUCUAUCAUCAGACCCAUAAGAUUGAUUAAAGAAUGCUAUGGUUCUCCAAGCUGCACUCCUUUCACCUGAAUGUCAUACCUAUUUAGUAAAGUGGAGAAAAAGAGAGAAAGAGAAAGGCUUGCUCCCCUUACCCCAAGGAAUGGAACUGCCCUCAGAUCAAUUAUCAGUGCCCCUAUGGGCAAGUGGAAGGCGAAAAAGAUGCUGCUGUACCUUGCAUCCGAUUGGGUGUGCCAGGCGCUGCCCACAUUGUUGCCUUAUGUCAGCUGGUGUCACUGAGUGCAACUACAUACAGAGGAGCAAUGCUCUGCAGUGGUGGAUGUUGAUGAACAUUGCUCAAAACUGAGAUGGUUACGCCCACAUCUGUAAUGUCUAGGAAACCUGCCUUAUAAUAAACUUCAUUAUCACUUAUAACUUCCAUAUAUA